AUGGUUAAGAGGAAGAAGAAACCAAUUACUAAAAGUGAUUCAUCGAUGGCUUACAUUGAAGUCAACGAUUUGUUUAGUGAAUUGUUGGCCGAAAAUGAAAGACUUGUUAAUGUAUUGAAUGAAUUGAAAAAUUAUUUGAAAACAAUUCACACGAAAUACGAGACAAUGAUUGCCGACGAAGACAUCAAACAGUGGCAGACAUUACAACAAUCAAUGGAUACAACUGUCGAGGAAUACAAUAGUAAUUAUAGUCUGAGAGUUAUUAAACUGAAGAAAGAGAUUCAUUUAAAUAAGGAAUCAACUGAUGGCAAACAAUCCGGAAAUAAUAAUAACAACAUUGAUGUCAAUGAAGAGGACACCAAUCAAUUGUCAGUACAACCUCUGUGUCAGACAACUGUCACCACUAGUAUUCAAGAGCCAGAAGCAGAUUCUAACGUCGAGACUAGUAGUAAUACAAGUAAUCAACACAAGAAAUCAUUGUCCAAUAUUUGCGAAUCCGAUAGCAAACUAUUGUUAUUGUUGAAGAACUGUACGAUCGAUGAUAAAACCCAACGAUUUUUGUGUCCAAUUACUGACUGCGACCGAAGUUACCGAACUAAACACAUUCUUCAGAAACACUUUCGCUAUAAUCACUACAAAUCACACACCAAACGAUUUAGUUGUUCGCAUCCCGAUUGCAAUUAUCGUACAAAUAGACGAGAUUUAUUUAAUAUACAUAUAGAGAUACACAAUGUCAACCGUACGAAAAACUACCAGUGCUUAGAAUGCGACAAAUCAUACCUAAGUAAAUCCAAUCUAACCAAACAUAUACAUACUAAACACUUAAAGAAAAAGUUUAAAUGUGGUAUAAAUGGUUGUACGACAAUGUUUACCACUUGCCAUAGUCGGAUACUUCAUCGAGAAUCAGUACAUCAUAUGAAAUAUGCCGACCGCACUAAGCAGGCCAAGUAUAUAUGUCAAUGGCCCGGUUGUGACUAUCGUAGUACAUCAGAUACCAAUCUUAGGGAUCAUAUCCGUAAGCACACGGGUGAACGGCCGUACGGGUGCGAGUGGCCAGACUGUCAACAACGAUUUGCACGCAAAACUGGUCUCAAACGACACGUUAUAUGUCAUCAAAAUCUCAAGCCAUAUGUAUGUCAAUGGCCCGGUUGUGACUAUCGGGGCAAUUGUCAUAGCAAUUAUUAUGCACACAAAAAGAUACAUCAAAGACAAUAA